AUGGGAGUUCUGCUAUUAGAAAAGGGAGUUCUGCUAUUUGAAAAGAAAGCUCCGUUAUUCGAAAAGGAAGUUCUGCUAUUUGAAAAGAAAGCUCCGCUAUUUGAAAAGGGAGUUCUGCUAUUUGAAAAGAAAGUUCCGCUUUUUGAAAGGGGAGUUCUGCUAUUUGAAAAGAAUGCUCCGCUAUUUCAAAAGGUAUCACUGCUAUUUGAAAAGAAUGCUCCGCUAUUUGAAAAAAGAGUUCUGCUAUUUGAAAAGGAUGUUCCGCUAUUUGAAAAGGGAGUUCUGCUAUUUGAAAAGAAAGUUCUGCUAUUUGAAAAGGGAGUUCUGCUAUUUGAAAAGAAUGCUCCGCUAUUUGAAAAGAGAGUUCUGCUACUUGAGGAGAAAGUUCCUCUAAUUGAAAAGGGAGUUCUGCUAUUUCAAAAGAAUGUUCCGCUAUUUGAAAAGGCAGUUCUGCUAUUUGCAAAGAAUGCUCCGCUAUUUGAAAAGGGAGUUGUUCUAUUUGAAAAGUAUGCUCCGCUAUUUGAAAAUAGAGUUCUGCUAUUUGAAAAGUAA